AUGAUGAAUUCUAUAGAAGACGAAGUGAUUCCAGAUUCACCUGUGCCAAACUCUCCAAUGAGAUCAAAUGUCGAAACUUCUAUUCAUGUUAUAAUAUACGUUGUUUCUUCAAAAGUUUCUACACCGGUGCAGAUUGUUCUUACUCCACCUCCAGUGUCAACUAUUGAAACUUCCCGUGAUCAAGGUACUUCUCAUCUUGUUGUUUCUUCUACCUUCGAUACUUCCACAAUAGAUACUUCCACUUCAUUGCCUCCAUUUGUUUAUACUCCAAUUGUUGCCCACUCACCCACAUUCGACAAUGUUCUCAAACAACCCAUUACAUCAUUAUUUUCCUCCCAAUCCACCGAUCCACUUGUUACUCACGAAGAAGAACAAACCCCAUAUGAUGAUGAAGAGAAUGAGUUUGAUGGAACAUUUGCUGACAUUCAGUUUGAUAUGGAAGAGGAGAAUAUUCCAGAUAAUAUGAUUCUUACAAGGAAACAAUUCAAAAUCGUCAAUCGAAAGCUUAAAUCACUUUUACAAAUUCAAGCUGAUGGAUGA